AUGGGUUUCUGGUACUGGAAGAAUCUUGCAGGCUAUUAUCUUGGAUUCUCUGUGUAUGUCUCCGAUACUACGGAUAUAGCACAGGGAACGUUGUGUUUCAAGGACAACAACUUCACAAUAAACACAAUACCCCCUGUCUUUACAACAAACUGUUUUGUUCAUGGACAAUAUGUCAUAUACUAUAACGAGAGACUACCAGAAGUUGCCUACCCUAACGAUUACAAGGAUGAUAUAGCUAUUAACCUCUGUGAAGUAGAGGUGUAUGGAUGCCAUGAAACAGGAUAUUACACAUCGAACUGUUCAAUUCCCUGUCUAGACGUUAACUGUCAGUACUGUCACAUAGAGACGGGCACCUGUCAGGGCUGUAAACCUGGGCAGCGAUGUGAACUAGAAUGUGACAGAGGUUUUUUUGGCAUUGGAUGCAAUGAAAAAUGUGGUUACUGUCAUGAUGAAUUCCAAUGCCCCAAUGAAACCGGGGUUUGCUUGACCGGGUGUGGUGCUGGUUAUAAAGGGGACUUGUGUAAAACACGAUGUGACAAAGGAUCGUAUGGCAUUGGGUGUAAUGAAACAUGUGGACACUGUCGUGAUCUGAACCAAUGCUCCAAUGUCAAUGGAACUUGCUUAACCGGAUGUGGGGCUGGUUAUCAAGGAGAUUUAUGUAUAUCACGUGAGUAGACAACUACCAAGGUACAUGCUAAGCAAGCACUUUAUCAUUAUUAAAACAAAUUAAUAAAAUUAAUUAUAAUGACGCGAGGUUAUGGUUAAAAAAGGUUACAUCACAUCAAGAUUUUUAGUUUCAAUUACGCAAUGGGAUUAAUACAUGUAGUGAUAACAAAAACAUAUUUACAAUAAUCUUAAGAAACACAUAGAACAGUCGUAGCCUGAGAAAGUACCUCCAUAUCAACGGUACAUGUUUAACUGUAUUUGAUCAAGGUUAUCAAGGAGGAUUGUCCAGGAUAAGUGAGUACACAACACAUCUGAAACACGCAUUCUGAUUAGAUAGAUAGAUAAAUAGAUAGAUAGAUAAAUAGAUAAAGAGAUAAAUAGAUAGAGAGAUAGAUAUAUGUGGAUCGCUUUAUGACUAUAUCGAUUAAU